AUGAAGUUGAUUCCUGGAAACGGCUAUUACGACUACUUGCUCCAAGUCGGAGAACACAAACAGGACAUGGGCCUCCGUAUUGAUAUUCUUCAAGGUGACGUGUGGCUGCCUGCCAGCUCUGCGUUCAUCCCAUGUUCUGCUACCGCAAGCGCCGGUUCCAAUUACACAUAUACUGUAACCUCAAUCUCGUAUACGUCAACCUUGUUCACCGGUCCAACCACAAUCGACUCCGCAACGGUGACGAUGAUGCCAUGGGAGACACAAGCCUCCUCCCAGUCGGGUACAUCAACCUCAUCAACGAUUGAGCUCACAGUUUCGAUGAUAGAACCGGUCUUCGGCAGAUCAUGUGCCAGUAUAGGUGUUUACGACCUGCUGGAAUCCGCCUACGCUGCAUUCAUCGACAUAUACACAAGCCUCGAAGUUAGUGUGGACGAUGCAACGUCCUACUUAAAGGUUUAUUUGUCCGACAUUCUUGUGUCCGGGGUCUGGGCCGUAGACAACUUCAUCAUGUCCUUCAAGUCACCAAAGCUCGAGACAUUGGAAUUCUCAAAUGUCCCUUUUGUCUACGCAAACUUCUCCAAUGUUGGAGUCGGCUCACUGGCAGUAGGGAUCUCCCAAUCUGAAAAUGGCUUCAAGAAUAACUUCAUUUCAAACUUUGUCAUAAAUGGCCUCAUCGGCUCAAACUCCUACUCUCUUGCAUUGGGUGCCAACAAUAGCACAUACCCUCAGUUGAUUCUCGGGGGUGUCGAUAAGUCACUAAUUUUCAAUGAUCCUGACAGUCAAGAUAAUUCGAGCUCCAAAAUGGCCUUAUUUGAUUUCAUCCCUGUCCAAGAUGAAAGUGGCAUGUACAUCAGUGAGAAUGGCGGAUUGUCUACUACCGUCCCAGCCUUCCCCAUCUACAGCUGGGGGGUUACUUCAAGCUCUUCAGGACAAUCUAUUACUUUCUCUCCUUCCUACAAUGAUAGGACAAGGAUUGCAAAUUAUCCAAAACCGGCGCUUCUCGAUUCACGCCACAACUAUAAUUUCAUCCCAUAUUCAACCCUUGUUGAACUCGCAAUUGAAUUGAAUGCAUACUACUCUUCAGAUCUGGGAAUAUGGCUGGCCGAUUGUUCAGUCGGGGAUACCGGUACGAUCGACAUGUACCUGGGCAAUUAUACGGUCCACAUGGCUAUUUCCAACUUUCUCAAUCCUGCGCUUGUCAACAACACAAAUUUGGUCUUCUCCUCUGGAGACCCUGCAUGCUACCUGACAUUUUUGCCUGAUUACUAUUUAGGCUAUUCUUUAAUGGGCACUCCAUUGCUAAAGAAUAUAUAUUUAGCCAUCGAUAAUGAGAACAGACAGCUGGGCAUUUCCCAGCUCCAGGAUCAGCUAAAAGAUACGGAGAAUUCUAGCAGCCAAGGAACCCAUGUGAUAGGAAAUGGGAUACUUCACAUGGAUGUUGAAACCGUACGUGCCCCAAAGACAUCUUUUGAGGAGGACCAAAAGGCAGCGGAAGUGCCCACCGCUGAAAGCCAUUUUUCACACGGCGUGACUCCCCUGUCACAGCAGCAAUUGAGUAGAACCAUGACAAUAACUACAUCUACCACAGUCGAUGAAUCCCGUGUGUCUGCCUACAAAACAGUAGUGACAGUCAGCAACGUUUUCUCAUCCGCAACUGCCACCAGUGAGCCCGAGUUCUAUGCCAUCGAAUCAGGGACUAUUCCGUUUGCCCAGAAAUUUGUCACUGUCACGUCGCUCACCUUGACAAUACCGACCAAUGUCGUUUUCACAGAUACUUCUGUACAGUCCACCGAGGUCUACAUUUCCGGUGGGGAAGUAUUUCUACAAACGAACGAGAGCAAUGGGGCCGACACACAGACCAAAAAAACUCAGUCCACAGAAACUGACUCAACUUUCUACGCAUUCAGCUCUCUCGUCGUGAGCAAAAUCUCCUCUAAUAGGGUUUCUGGCGCCGGCUCCCAUGUCCAACCUCCGAGCUUACUUUACUUUGAAGCAUCCAGCGGAGAGAUGCAUUAUGGACUGAAAGUUGCCGGAUACUUUUCAGCUCUCGUGCUUUGUGUCGCCGUGCUCUUCUGA